CCAGCUUAUUAUCGUGCCAUCAUUUUAUACACAGAUACCAACCAUGGAAAACAAAUCCUCAGUUCACUGCACAAAAGAGCAAUCGAAGGAAACUCUCUUUACAUCUGUGGUGUACAGGAUUCCUUCUCUAAUCUACCUCGGAGACGACAAGAUCCUGUCCUUUGCAGAGCGCAGGAAGACUACAAAUGAUGCCAGCACAGUGGCGCUGGACAUGAGAACAGGAAAGGUGAACAGGAAUAAGGGAACCGAUCCUAAGGUGACGAUUAAGUGGUCGGAUCUAAAUCCAGUUAAGGAGGCACAUCUUCGUGGAUGCCGUCCUAUGAACCCCUGCCCGGUGUAUGAGAAGAAAAACAAAACACUGUUCCUGUUCUUCAUCUGUGUCAAAGACGGAGUCACAGAGCGUGAACAGAUAAAGUCCGGCAAAAACCAGACUCAUCUCUGCUACAUCAAGAGCACUGAUGAUGGCCAAACCUGGAGUGAGGUGACUGUAUUCACUGAAAAUAAGUUGGUUGAAAUCAAGCACUGGGCCACAAUGGGUGUUGGGCCCGGCCAUGGUAUUCAAAUGGAGAGUGGUCGAUUGAUUGUCCCACUUUAUGCUUAUUAUCGUAAAAACUCUUCUCCCUUCUCCCUCUGCCUGUACAGUGAUGAUCAGGGUAAAUCUUGGACACUGGGCAAAAAACUUACAAUGAAAUCAAAUGAAUGUGAAAUGGCAGAGGUGUUUGAUGAUACAGACAACAGCAUACUCUUCUGCAAUGCUCGUCUUCCAGGGCAUCAUGUAGGGUGUGACGUAGGGCAUCGAAUAGAAGCUUUCAGUAAAAGUGGAGGAGAAGAGUUUGGUACUGCCAAUUCUGUUGUAAAACUUUUGGACACAGGCUGUCAGGGAAGUGUAGUCUCCUUUCCAGAUCAAAGUAAAGUGCAGCCAGUUCAUAACAAGUGGCUCCUCUACAGCCACCCGACUGAUAAGCACAAAAGGGUUAAUUUAGGAGUGUAUCUGAACAAAUCCCCACAAGAUCCAACAAAAUGGAGCAAACCCUUGAUCAUCAACUAUGGACCCAGUGGUUAUUCAGACCUGGCUUACAUUGAUGAUGGUUGGUUUGUUUGUUUAAUGGAGUGUGGGGAGAAGACAGAAGUUGAGCAGAUAGCAUGUGAGAUUUUUAGCUACAAUGAUGUGGAGCAGGCCAUUGCAAAGUAGUCUGAGGUGAAGCCUUCUGACUAAACAGCAGAGAGAAAAUCAGGGAUGCAGCUUCUGUUAAUUACAUCCCAAAACUAUUGAACAAACUACCUUAAGAUAUCAGGGAAGCCAGUUCACUAAAUAUUUUUAAGAGAAAGCGAAAAAACGUAUCUCUUCACUUUAGCUUUUAAUUAGCUCUUCUAUCAGUUACUAC